AUGCCCGGCGCACUCAUCCUCAUCAACGGCUUCCCCGGUAUAGGCAAGCACGCGGUGGCGUACGAGCUGGUCAAACUCCUCCCCAACUGCCGCUUCUUCGACACGCGCAACGUCAUCACCGCCGCGUCGCAGCUGUACGACUCGGACGACCCCGCGCAUGCGGUGCUAAGGAAGAACCUCAAACACGCCAUCUUCCAGUCCAUCGCGACGCACUACGCCGACGUGUCCCCCACCGCGCCCCCGCCACCCACCUACGUCCUGACCGACUUUUUGUCCGUGUCCGCCCGCGCAAUCGACCUGGCCAUCAUGAAGGAGUUUAUCCACUUUGCGCAGACGAGCGGGUUCGCCUUCAUCCACGUCAUCCUGAGCGCGAGCACCGAGGCCAACGUCGCGCGGUGUAUGAGCGCCGAGCGGCAGGCCGCCUCCAGGCCUACGACGGAGGCGAGCCUGCUCCAGACGCGCAUGGAGGAGGAGAUUGGCCACAUCGCGCCUGUGCGCGGGCUCAGCGGCGAGUACGAGCUCGAUACCACGCGCAUGGACGCGCGCACCACCGCCGGCGUGCUGGCCGAGUACUGCCUCGACACGCUCCGCCACCAGGGCUGGUGGAUCCAGCUCGCGGGCCAUACCCGCAAGGGGACGGUGUGUGCCACUUCGCCUGCCCCGCGCCGCUAG